AUGGGUAGAAGAAAAAUCGAGAUAAAGCCAAUUAGCGAUGAAAGAAACCGGACAGUAACGUUUGUCAAGCGGAAGGCAGGUCUUUUGAAGAAAGCACAUGAAUUGUCGAUUCUAUGCCAAGUGGAUGUUGCUGUAAUCAUAGUAGGCCACAACAGAAGGAUAUAUCAGUAUACGUCGGAUGAUGCAGGAAACAUCUUGGACAAAUACUACACAUCUCCUAACAUAUACGAAGCGAAGGGCCCAUCUGAUUACGGCCAAUACGAGAAGAAGAGUCGGGUUGUUCCGCUCAGUGACGUCAGUACUCGUUCAAGCCACAGGCGGACUGCAAGUUCUACGAUGAACUCUCUUCACAACGUCUCACAUCCCAUGCCACCACCAGUUGCAACUGCUGCAGAAAGAAACAACUCCAAUAGAAGAGUUCGAGCAGCGAGUAGAGGUGCAUCUUCUGCUGAGGCAGAGGACAGCACUAGUGAGAGUGCCCGCAAGAGGCAGAGAAGUAAUGCUUCGUACACAAACAGCUCUUCGAUAAUAUCGACACCAUCUCCUUCAUACAGCAACCACCUGCCUUCCCAGCUUGCUCGAUCAAGAAGAGGGCCAUCUCAUCCAGGCUCAACAAAACGGCCGACACUCAGUUUGCAGAUCCCCGGAUCAGAUGAACACGGCAAUGCUGGCGGACGCAAGCUUGUUGGUGGAAUUGGAACUCCUUACCUACCAGGAUUGGGAACUCCUGGGGCUGGCCAAACUCAGCAGGGUAUUCGCAACUUUGAGACAAACACAAGCAAUAGUAUUAUUGUAGGCGAUCGCUCGAAUGUAUCCACUCCAGUGUCUGCUACAAUAUUUGGCUUUCCACAAAUGUCGCCCAGCCAGCUUUUACCAACUCCUGUCUUCCCUCCUACAGCUCAGCAGCAGCAGCAGCAGCAGCAGCAGCAGCAACAACAACAGCAACAGCAACAUCAUACUCAAGGACAGCAAAUACAGAUGGUGCGACCAAGUGCGAAUGGAAGCUAUCAGGAACUAUCUUCUGGAUCGAGAUAUCAGCCAUCUCCUCAGCAGCCACAACCUCCAAGCUACCAAACCCUAAACUCCGCCUCUACAUUGAUGAUGGCCGGAUUCGGCGGACGAAACUCCUUUAGACAGCAGCAGUCACAGCAAUCGCAAUCUCAGCAACAGCAGGGCCCACCAAGUGCAUUGAAUAGGAAAGCCACAGGAUACUCACAGUACCAGUUUUCUCAACCUGGAGAUACGCCAAUACUUCCCUCAGGACUGCCGUCUAAGUAUGCGGACUUGUUUCCUUCUCCAAACGUCUACUAUACACAGCAAGAAUGGCCUCUACCUAUGGGGUCUGGAAAUACGCCAUUGCCAACUACAGCAGCAGGAUCGCACGCUCUGUCCGUGAUUUCGGGAAGAGCGAAAAAGAGAGAGACAUCGCAGAAUUCGACGACUGUUGGCUCCACAAAAAGAAUCCAUGAAAAAUCCUCAACUUAUAACUCAUCGAAGCAAGAGGACCAAGCGAAAAACGAGGAGGAUGGAUCUACUAACGGGGAAAACAACGCAAGCCAUACCACUGAAAAUUCAGUUGCCAGUAAAGUUAAAAAGGCUUGA